AUGACUAGUUCUGAAGAAACAUUUGCUACUAUUGUUGAUUGUAUGGGACCUAUUUAUUUACAAUAUGCAACAUGGAUGAAAAUGAAAAAAUUAGAUAAAGAAAUUGGUUCAAUGGAAAAAUCCUUGAAUCGUCAAAAUUUAGAAGUUCUAUUGGAAAAUGAAGUAUAUAGAGCAUGUUUAGACCAAAAUGAUUUGCUUGAAAAAGGUUUGUUAAAAUUACUAUUUAUUAGACUUAAAACACAAAUUAUUUAUUAUCUAGUUAAUAACAUAAGUUCAAAGAAUCCUAGGGGAUAUAAAGAUGAAGACAAAAAAAGUAAAGAAACAAAAGAAACAAAAAGAGCUAAUGCAAAGAUUGUUGUUGAUGAUGCUAAUGAAAAAUUAAUUGUUGAGAUUAAUGAAAAUACUAAAUUACCAUUAUUCCUUGGAAGAGAAGGAAAAGAAUUUAAAGAAGAUGGAACAUUUAUCAAUUUAAGACCAUUUACUGACUCAAAAACAGUUUCACAUCUCCAUGCUCAAAUUGAUUAUGACCCUAAACAACGGGUUUAUCAAUUACUAUCAAUUGGUAGAAAUGGAACACAUAUUGAUGGGGUUGCACAUGUUAAAGAACAAGGAGAAUGUCCUCUUAUUGACCGUGCUAUGAUUCAAAUUGGUGGUUUUAGAAUGAAAUUCGUGUAUUGUUAA